AUGAGUUCGCCUUGGCCUUUCGUAGCUUGGGGCAUAGAUGUCAUUGGUCCAAUAGAGCCAGCCGCCUCUAAUGGACACAGAUUCAUUUUGGUUGCCAUUGACUACUUCACCAAGUGGGUGAAAUCUGCUUCGUAUAAGUCGGUGACAAAGAAAGUUAUAGCUGACUUUGUUCGCAACAAUUUGAUAUGUAGAACAUCAAUUGGAGCAACACCAUACUUGUUAGUAUAUGGAACAGAAGCGGUUAUACCUGCCGAAGUUGAAAUACCUUCAUUGAGAAUCAUCCAGGAAGUUGAAUUGAGUGAUACUGAUUGGGUUCGCAAACGGAUUGAUCAGUUAACAUUGAUUGAUGAGAAGAGAAUGGUUGUUGUUUGUCAUGGUCAACUUUAUCAACAGAGAAUGAUUUGUGCUUUCAACAAAAGGGUACGAGCCAGAAUAUUUGAAAUUGGUCAGUUGGUUCUCAAACGCAUUUUCCCUCAUCAGGAUGAGUAUAAAGAGAAAUUUACACCAAAUUGGCAAGGACCUUACAUUGUUCGUAAAGUGUUAUCUGGAGAUGCCUUGGUCCUGUCGGAGAUGGAUGGCACCGAAUGGCCAAAACUGAUCAACUCAGAUGCUGUCAAGAGAUAUUAUGUGUGA